AUGGUCGGACGCGCUGCUCUCAAUAUCCCCGGAACCGACGAGACCUACUGGUUCAAGGGCGACAAGUACGUUAGAUACAAGUGGACCCCCGGUACGACGACCGACUCAGUCACGUACGGUCCCACCGAGUUCGUGAAAGAGUGGGAGUCCCUGAAGGAGAGUGGCUUCAAGCAUAUUGAUGCCAUCCUCCCGGUUCCCGGCCAUGACCGCCGUGCCUACUUCUUCAGCGGCGACAAGUACGCGCGCAUAGAAUAUGUCGUAGGCGCGCCAGGUGACAAGAUCUUGGUGGAGUUCGCCCCGAUCAAGGGUAACUGGCUUUCUCUCGACAAGGCUGGGUUUUCGACGGUCGAUGGGGCCCUGCAGGUCCCUGGGAAGACUGAUGAGGCCUACAUUUUCAGCGGCAAACAAUACGUGCGCAUCAAGUUUACAGAGGGGCAGAUCAACGACGAGCUCCUGGACGGACCUAAGGAUAUCACAACUGGCUGGAGCGCGACCAAGUUUGAUACGAUCGAUACAAUCAUCCCAAGGCCCGGGAACAACCAGAACGCAUAUUUAUUCUCAGGCAACAAAUACGUCCAGAUCAAGGUCAAUGUCGGGGGGUAUGACGAGCUUAUCAGCGAUCACCGUGAAGUCGCGCCCUACUGGCCUGGACUGCACAAGGCCGGAUUUUACUAA